CUAUUCCUCCUCCAUUGCUGAUUGCCGAAGCUUUCAUCGAGAGAAGAGAAGAGAAAAGAGAUGAUAUCCAGGUCGGAAAAGAUUAGAUUGAUCACAAGAGCAAUUCUGUACAUAAUCGCCGUCACAUUAUACUGUAUGUUCAGAGAAAUCAAGCAAAAAGCCAUAACUUUACUCCCCAAUCUCCGUCUCUUCAAGCACACCGCCGAUGAACUCUUCUCAUCAACCACCGCCUCCUACGAAUAUCCAAUCAACACCAUCACCACUCACAGUCACAUCUUCAUGGUCGACGGUUAUCCUUCUCUCUCUCCAAUCCCAAACCACAUCGUAACCGCUGCCAUCAAGCUCACUCUGCCCAUCAUCCGCUACGCCGAUUUUCUUCACCCGGAAUCUAAUCAGGAUACAACAACUAAUGGAUGUGUGGUGUGCUGGGAAUGCGUACAACAGAGUGAUGAAAUUAGGGAUCUGCCUAAUUGUAGACAUGUGUUUCACAGAGAUUGUCUAGAUCGGUGGGUGGAUGAAGCACAAGUUACAUGUCCGCUCUGUAGAUCUAUGCUUCUUCCUCCCUUAACCAAUCCUUGGGCGGUGGUCAGAGAAUCUAACUCGGCUUUGCAGCAAGAACAAGAACAAGAUCAACAACAGAUUAUUUCUCAAUAUUAAUUAAUUAGGUAGGUUCAUCUCUUCAGAUCUAUUGCCCCGAUUGAUUGUACAUCCUUAUAUAAUUGGAGUCUUGGUUUGAGAUUAUUCUUUUUCUUAUUAUGAUCUUCGAUCUGAUUACUUAAUUCAGUAUAUGAUAACUGAUUGAAGAAGAAGAUGAAGAAGAAUCAAAUUCA